GUUAGUCCAAAGUGAAGAGAGCCACGAGACACGGCGAGAGAGUCUACCGCCAACAAAAUUCUUCUUUUUCUUUCUUUCUUCCCCGCGGAAGAAGAAACUGCGUUUCUACGACCUGGACGUAACGGACGCGUGACACACACACACACACACACACACACAUACGCACACGUUUAUCAAGCAAUCUUUGAACGGAAGCGGCAAGUCUCGUAGCAGCUUGAAAGCGUUAUCGCGAGAGAAAGACACGCUCCGGCGCCAACGAGAAUUCGCUGUCGUACACAUAAUUCCGCACACCCCGUUCAACGCCGUUAAAAACCAACGUCGUUCCAACUACGAGUAACUGCGAGAAGGAACAUGGAUCUCGUUUACAUACCGGAGGUGUUUACUUACGGGUACUCGAGGAAUCCGCAGUACCGCGACUACGAGCAGCCCUGGAACAGGGACUAUUUUAAGUGCGGCACUAGCAGCAAAAAACCAACGGGGAAUCAACGAAGCAUGCAGUCACAAUUCAAAGAAAAUUGUCACUUGUGCAAAGAAAUGAAAAGGAGAAACCUGGCGGUUUACAUAAGAAGUAAAUCACGAAGCGAUUCUUGUCACGAAGGGAUCGAGGAAGAAGAGGAGAACGACGCAAUGCAGAAUGAGAAAAAAGUCGCAGAUGCCGACCGCGAUAAGUCUGCAAAAUCGUCGCGCGGUGCAGAGAAAUCAUAGCCUUUUAGUAUUAUACGUAAUGGUAACGACAAUAAUAUUAAUUUUACGAUAAACAUAACUUGCAACAUAUGUAAAUACGCGCACAUAACGGAGCUAUUUUCUAGGUAAUAUUAAGUUUACGAUCACUUGUUUCUAAAAAUACGUUAUAGAACGACAAAAUCCUUGAAUCGAGUCUUGAAAUUCUUUUAUAUAUAUUACAGCACAUCACACGUUACUUUUUUAAUUAAUUAGACACAUAAAUUAGAUACGUAAAUUAGAAUUAACUAGACAUUAGACUCUCAAAAGCAGGUGUGAGUCAACUGAAUUCCCACAAUAACAAAAACUAGAAAACAGAACUUGGUUAAAAUUUAUAUCGAAGCACAUAUGUAAAUAAUAUUUUAUCAUUACUACUGUGAACAUUCUUUCAAUUAAACACUGUUGAGCACAAAAUUUCGUCAGCAUUGAUUACACGCUAUUCGUUUAACGAAUGUCCAUGUAAAUAUGAAUGUAAAUAUGCUUCUACAAAUGUCAAUUCUCAUUAAGACUGUUUAUGACUGAUUUUGAAAAUUGUUCGACGUUUGCACGAUAAUUUGUUCAAACACGACAAUUCGACAAGCUGAUAAUUUAUACUACUAUUAGACAAGUAAAAAACACCAUUGCAAUCGGUAAUUUUUCGAAUUAGUUGUUAUAUUGCUUGAGAAAAUAAGGGAAAAUACUUCUGGAGUCACGCAUUUUAGUAAUUUUGAUACACAAUUAAUAAAAUACAGCAAACUUGAUUCGAAA